AUGGUGAUAUUUGCAGCCUUGGUCUUAGUGCUUUUGCCUGAAAUGAUGAACAUGAUUCCCAGUGCUAAAUGUAGGACUAGUGAUCCUUUGCCUUUUGUUCAUAAGCAAUAUCAGUCAGGAGACUUCAUUGUUGUGGACAUUGUCUCUCAGAUUUACAUCUUCUAUACAAUGAUAGACUUCAGAAAACUUCCUUCUAAAGAACUCUUUGAGGAAAUUGCACCAAUAGCAGUCAUUGGAGGACCUUCCUCUGAUAUCUAUCUAAACAUGGCUAACAUCCUUUCCCUCUUCAAGAUGCCACAGGUAAUAUAUGGUUCUGCUCCUGAAAUUCGCAGAAAAGAACAAGCUGCUAUCUACCAACAGAUGUUACCAAAUAUGGACACUCAGUACCAGGCUGUUUCUAAAUUGCUGUUAUAUUUCACAUGGACAUGGGUUGGGCUCAUGUUAGCAGAUAAUGACAGUGGUGAAAUGUUGGUUCCCAUGGCUGCCCAGAGUGGUAUCUGCUUCGACUUCGUUCAAAAAUUUCCCAUCCCUGUUUAUACAGAUAGCAUUGUAGAAAUGAUAGAAACAGGUCUGAAAAUGUACAAAGUGGUUAUGAAAAGCAAUGCUAUAGCAGUGGUGGUUCAUGGUAACUUUGGGAACAUGAUAACUCUAAGAUUUCUUUCCACUAAUUUGGAAAUUGAUGAUUUUUCACUAUGGAUAAAAGGUAAAGUCUGGAUCAUGACACUCCAGAUGGGUUUCACUUCACUUCCCUUUCAAAAAUAUGGUGACCUGGUUUUCCUGCAUGGUGCACUAUCAUUUGCAAUUCACUCAGAGAGGAUAUUGGGAUUCCAGCAAUUUGCUCAAUCAAAAAACCCUAUCUUGGAAAAGGAAGAGAGUUUUAUCAAGAUGUUCUGGGAAAAUGCACUUGAAUGUUCCUUCUCCAACUCUGCAGUAGAAAAGGAAGAUGGGGCCACCUGUACUGGAGAGGAGAAACUGGCAGAUAUUCCUACCUCUGUAUUUGAAAUGGACAUGACUGACUACAGCUACAGCAUGUACAAUGCCAUCUAUGUGGUGGCCCAUGCUUUGCACGACUUCCAUUCAUCUAUAAUGAAUUACAGAGUAGGAAAUGUUGAAAUCAAGGGGAAAGAUUUUAUUCAACAUCUAUGGAAGCUCAACCAAUUCAUGCGAAAAGUUUCAUUCAAUAAUAGUGCCAGGCAAAAAAUUUCAUUUAAUGAGAAUGGAGAGUUAGAGACUGGAUUUGAUAUUAUUAAUUGGAUCACAUUUUCAAACUUAUCUUUUAAAAAAGUCCGAGUUGGAAGUAUUGAUUUUUCCCAAGAAAAAAUGGUCACCAUUGAUGAAGAUGAUAUGGAUGAAUGCUUUCAGUGCCCAGAAGAUCACUAUCCCAAUGAGAAGAACAAUUUCUGUCUCCCCAAAGUUAUAACAUUUUUGAAGUACAAAGAAACUUUGGGAGCUGUUUUGGCCACUUCUGCUCUUUUCUUUUCUUUGGUCACAGUUGGAGUCCUUUGGAUCUUUAUUAAGCAUCAGGACUCUCCCAUUGUCAAAGCCAACAACCGGAACCUAACAUAUGUACUCCUUGUUGCUCUCCUGUUAUCCUUUCUUUGUAUCUUGCUAUUCCUUGGAAAACUUCACAAGGUGACAUGUAUCUUUCGCCAAAUUGCCUUUGGCAUCAUCUUCUCAGUGGCCAUUUCUUGUGUUUUGGCCAAAACCAUUAUUGUGGUUCUGGCUUUCAUGGCUACCAAGCCAGGGUCCAAGAUGACCAAGUGGGUUGGGAAAAGACUUGCCAUGUUUAUAGUAUCCUUCUGCUCCUUUAUUCAAAUUAAUAUAUGUAUUACAUGGGUGAUCAUCUCUCCCCCAUUCCCAGAUGCUGAUAUGAAGUCAAUAGCAGAAGAAAUUAUUCUGGAGUGUAACAAAGGAUCUGCCUUCAUGUUCUACGGUGUCUUGGGUUAUAUGGGCUUCCUUGCUGUUGUCAGUUUCACACUGGCUUUCCUAGCAAGGAAAUUGCCUGAUGCUUUCAAUGAAGCCAAAUUUAUCACCUUCAGUAUGUUGGUCUUCUGUAGUGUUUGGUUGUCCUUUGUUCCAGCAUACCUGAGUUCAAAGGGAAAAUACAUGGUUGCUGUGGAAAUCUUCUCCAUUAUAGCUUCCAGUGCUGGAUUACUACUUUGUAUCUUUUCUCCCAAAUGCUACAUCAUUGUCUGGAGACCUGAUCUGAACAAGAAGGAAUUUUUAAAAAGCAAAACAACAUAUUAA